AAAUAAUGCAACCAUUUCAAUUGGUGCGCCCAUAAUAUGAUCAUCAAUAAUGAUUCCAAUUUCUGAAAACAUUAUUCUCUUGACCUGCAUCAUCAGCUUGAUUCUUGAGGUGUGGACUGCAAGUUCAGUUGGAGGGUAUUGUGCUUCUCAAAGUGUUUUGAAGCAUAAAUAUUCACAAUUAGAAUGUGAUUUUGCAAAAGACACACAUUAUGAUCAAGAUCAUUUAGCAAAAUGCAAAUGUAAAGGAAGUGAGUGCUAUACGACGUUGCCACAUGCAAAUUUAAUAUGUGGCUCAGAUUCAAACUGGUAUUUGGCAAAUGACAAUGAAACUUCAGAUUUUUGGGGAGUUGAAUGCGGGAAUGAGAAUGGCUGCCCGCGGUGUCUGAUCCCUAAAGCUGAUUUUUCCAAAUGUUACAAGAGAAACGAUUAUGCGAGAGAAUAUGUUUGUGUUUGCAACCACAACCAAAUAAAAUACAACUUGCACUGCCAAAACAAUGGUAAACUUUAUGGAUGGAAUAAUGAAGGACACAAAAAAUGCGAAAAAUCGCCGAAUAAUAAUAUUUACACGAAUGAGACAACAAAUGCAGCCAUUAUUUCAACCUCAAGCACAACUCUCCAAUCUCAAAUGGUCCAAAAAAAUGUGAUCGAACCCAAUCAAAAGAUUUCUACAGCACAUCCGGCAGAAAACAAAACGUAUAAUUAUAUUUUCACGAACGUGACGUCAACAGCACCUUCAACGUUAAGCACAACUCAAUACCCUGCAACGACCAAAGGAAGAAAGAAUGAACCAGAUCAAACGACUUCAACACCACCACCAAACGAAAAGAAAGAAUGGUUCGAGGAGACAAUUACCUACAUCAUACUUGGUUCAAUUGUGGCGUUGAUUGCAUUUGGUGUUAUUGCCUUUGCUAUUUUUGUGAUGGUCAAAUGAAGAAGGCCUGCUCGACCUAUUAUAUUGUAAAUUACUCAAGAAUAGCAAUAUUUUAAUUAACGCCCAAUUAGGGAAAAUGUGAGCAAAUUUUCCUUUGAUAUGUCAAAUUAAUAAUAUAGUUCAAAAUAUAUUAUAAAAAUAUAACUUAUGACUUUAUUAAUUAAUUAUUUUAAUUUCAAUCUAUAAAAUUAGAAUCUAAUUUUAAUUAAUUAAUUGCUUUUGAUGAUACAAAUUUUGCUAUAUCAUGUCUCAGUAAAUCCCAAAUCUACAAAUCGUCAAUUUUUUCUUGUACAAU